AUGACGUUAAAUAUCAAAGUUAACAUCAAAAUUAGAGUUCAAUGUUCAAUGUUCAGAAAUAAUGUUUGUUUAGUGCCAUUCUCUCCGUUUUGGGAUCACAUUCUGCCUUUCUGGAAGUCGACAGAUCAAGCUAACAUAUUAUUUCUCACGUAUGAAGAAAUGAAACGGGAUCAGGUGUCAGCGAUUAAGAAGACAGCAAAGUUUUUAGGCAAAAACGUGACGGACGAGCAAGUUGCUGGAUUAUGUGAACAUCUAAAAUUUUCUAAAAUGGCAGCAAACCCUUCGGUGAACGUACAACUGCUACUAGACAAGGAGGAGACAAAGACCGAUCCGAAUUUCAAAUUUAUCAGAAAGGGUGAAGUCGGUGAUUGGACGAAUUACAUGUCAAAGGACCUCGCUCGACGAUUUGAUAAAUGGACGGAAGAACAUCUACGCGGAACAGGUUUAAAAUUCAAUGUGGAUGUUAAAUCGGACGAAGACUAGGGACCUUUGUGUUCUUCGCAUGAAACAGCCAUGGCGAUUAUUGUUUUAGAUUUACAUUACAAUUACACAUAAUUAUUACAUCACGAUUUACUUAUUGUGGGCAUUUACCCGAUUUACCGUAUCUAUAAGAGCA